AUGACCUUUUCGACGGCACGAACUGCCUUCAACUCUGCCGAGAAGAAGAAGGAAGAGGAGACCAAGGCAUCCGGCGAGGCCAUGGGCGCCACCGACAAGGAUGCCGCCGGAGCCGGCAGCGACGCUUUGCAGGCUCAGAUCAAGGAGAAGGAUGCCAAGAUCAAGGAGUUGCAAGAAGCCAUCCUAUACGGCAAGGCGGACUACCAGAACCUGCAGCGACGAUCCAAGGAUGAGAAGUUGCUGGCAGGCGACAUCGCCAUCACCAAGCUCGCCAAGGACCUCACCAGCUCGAUCGACAUUCUCGGGCUUGCGCUCAGGUCGGUGCCCGAGGAGCUGCGUGUUGCCUCCAAGGACCUCGACAUGAAGGACCCACGCCGUGUUGUAGCCGACUUGUAUUCGGGUGUCGACCUCACCUCCAAGUCAUUGCUCGACAUGCUGCGCACCCACGGUAUCGUCCAGUUUGACCCCACCGGCGAGAAGUUCGACCCCAAGGAGCACGAGGCGCUGUACCAGGCGCCUGUCCCCGGCAAAGAGCCCGGCACCGUGCUCGAAUGCAGCAAGGUCGGAUACAAGAUCAAGGAUCGUCUAUUGCGAGCUGCCGAGGUCGGCGUCGUUCAGUCGACCGAGUAA